AGUUGCUGGUUUAAUCUCGUAGCUGAUUGUUCGUGUCGCGUAAUGUGUUCAUAAUUUUCAAUUAUUUUUGAGUUAUUUUGAUGACCAAAAUUACAAAAAGAAGUUUAAUAUUGUUGCAAGUUUUGUUAUAAGUGGUGCAGAGGAAGAAGAAGCUUAUUUGAUAUCUCAAACCAAAAAGGAAUUGGUGCAAACAACUUUUGGAGUGAAUUCUUUAUAUUACAAAGUCUUUGAUUGAAUAUAGAAAAAUGCCCGUUUUUCACACAAAAACCAUAGAAUCUAUCUUGGAGCCUGUGGCCAAUCAGGUGUCACGACUCGUCAUCUUGCAUGAAGAAGCUGAAGAUGGCAAUGCAAUGCCCGACUUAUCGCGACCGGUUCAAGGCGUUUCCAUUGCUGUAGCGAAUCUUGUUAAAGUCGGACGUGAAACUAUUAACAGUUCCGAUGAUGCUAUUCUCAAACAAGAUAUGCCCGUGUCGCUUAUGAGAGUUGAAAAUGCCUCGCAAUUAUUGGAAGAAGCUUCUUCACUUCUCAGAGCUGAUCCAUAUUCGGGACCGGCACGUAAGAAGCUUAUUGAAGGAUCUCGUGGAAUUCUCCAGGGAACGUCACAACUUUUGUUGUGUUUCGAUGAAUCAGAAGUUCGAAAAAUCGUCAGAGAAUGCAAACGUGUUCUCGACUAUCUUGCCGUCAGUGAGGUCAUCGAUACAAUGGAAGAUUUAGUUCAAUUCCUUAAAGAUUUGAGUCCAUGUCUAAGUAAAGUUUCACGUGAAGUCAGCAAUCGUGAAAAAGAAUUGACUCAUCAAGUUCAUAGCGAGACUCUGGUUCGUUGCUUGGAGCAAGUUAAAAUAUUGGCACCAAUUCUCAUAUGCAGCAUGAAAGUUUAUAUUCACAUCAUCGAACAAGGUGGUAAAGGAUCGGAUGAAGCUGCUGAAAAUAGAAAUUAUCUCGCGACACGAAUGACCGACGAGAUUCAAGAAAUUAUUCGAGUUUUACAAUUGACCACUUAUGAUGAAGACACCAGCGAAUUGGACAACUUAACAGUCUUGAAAAAGAUCAAUAACGCCAUUCGUAAUAAGAUGGAAGCAGCUAAAGAUUGGUUGAAGAAUCCUUACGCCUUGAAAGGUGGAAUUGGCGAAAAAGCACUUCGUCAAAUUAUUGAAAAUUCUUACAGAGUCGCUGAUCGUUGUCUUCCAAAUGACGCUUUUCGUAUUCGAAAGAAUGCUGAUGAUUUGACAUCAAUGGCAAAUACUUUAUGUGAGCUUCGUCAGAAUAGUAAAGGAACUUCGCCACAAGCAGAGAAACUUGCUCGAGAAAUGAUGGAUAAGCUUGAAGAAUUGGAAGGAAACAUUUUCCAAGCAGUCAUCAACGUUGACAAAGCUGGAUUACAACAAACGGCCCACACUGUUCAAGGACGUUUAGAACAAGCAAUUCGUUGGUUGACAAAUCCCGGUGUCAAUGACAAAGGUUUGGGUCAACGUGCCAUCGCUCUCAUUGUCGAAGAAGGUAAACGUGUUGCUGAUGGUCUUCCUGGUCAUCAAAAAGCUGACAUUCUUCGUCUUUGCGAUGAGGUUGAAGGGCUUGCCAAUCAAUAUGCGAAAUUGUGUGCUGCUGGUUUAGCAAACACACCAGAAGCUCAAGAAAUUGCUCGCAAAUUGAAUGCAAAACUUCAUGAAUUGAAGAAUCAAAUUCAAGCGGCUGUUGUCAGUCGUGUUGUUGAAGAUUUCAUCGAUAUUACGACUCCAUUGAAACAAUUCACUGAAGCUGUUAAUGUGCCAGAAGGAACUCCUGGACGCGAUCAAAAUUUCAAUCAAAAAGCUGCAAAUCUUCAAGCUUUCAGUGAUCGUGCUUCGAAGACAAGUCGAAUGGUUGCUGCUGGUGGGUCUGGUGGUAACAAGAAGCUUGCUGAAGUUUUGUUAGCUUCAGCAGCACAAAUUGACAGCUUGACACCGCAACUCAUUAGCGCUGGUCGUAUUCGCAUGAAUUAUCCUGGCUCAAAAGCAGCCGAAGAACAUUACAAUAAUUUACGCGAUCAAUAUGCUGAUACAAUCUUGCGAAUGCGUACAUUGUGCGAUCAAGCUACAGAUCCAGCUGACUUCAUUAAAGCAAGCGAAGAACAAAUGCAGAAACAUACUUUGCUUUGUGAAGAUGCAAUUAGAAACAAAGUUCCUCAGAAAAUGGUCGACAAUACAAGCAGCAUUGCCCGUUUGGCGAAUCGUGUGCUUUUAGUUGCGAAACAAGAAGGAGAUAAUUCAGAAGAUCCUGCAUUCAUCUCAGAAUUGCUGAAAGCUUCAGAUAAACUUCAAAACUCAGUCCCAUCGAUGGUUCAAAAUGCUAAAUCUGUUGCCACUGAUAUUGGAAAUCCCGCAGCUGGCGCUCAUUGGCGUGAUGCUAACAAGAAUCUUCUUCAAAAUGUUCGAAAUGUUCGUAAUGCCAUCACUGGAAGCCAACCAGAUAUUCCUGCACCGCCAGAUCUUUCUGCACUUAAUCUUCAUUUGGAUCGUGCACCACCACGUCCACCAUUGCCACGUGAAGAUCUCCCACCGGUACGUCCACCACCACCAGAAACUGAUGACGAAGAUGAAAGUGUUUUCAGAUCACUUCCAUCUUCGAAUCAACCAAUUUUAAUGGCAGCUCAUGGUUUACAUCAAGAAGUUCGUCAAUGGUCAUCUAAAGACAAUGAAAUUAUUGCAGCAGCCAAACGAAUGGCAAUUCUUAUGGCACGUCUUUCUGAAUUGGUUCAUCAAGACUCGAAAGGAAGCAAACGUGAACUUAUUGCCACAGCCAAAUUGAUUGCAGAAGCAUCUGAAGAUGUAACACGCUUGGCAAAGGCUCUUGCGCGUGAAUGCACAGACAAACGAAUCAGAACCAAUUUGUUGCAAGUUUGCGAACGUAUUCCGACAAUCGGUACUCAACUUAAGAUUCUUUCAACUGUUAAAGCUACAAUGUUGGGAGCUCAAGGUUCGGAAGAAGAUCGAGAAGCUACUGAAAUGCUUGUUGGAAAUGCUCAGAAUCUCAUGCAAAGUGUGAAGGAAACGGUUCGUGCUGCUGAGGGUGCAAGUAUUAAGAUACGCUCUGAUCAAACCAAUCAUCGCUUGAGAUGGAUUCGCAAACAACCCUGGCAUUUUUGGAGAAACUAUUUUGAAUUGUUCUGCAUUACCGACGAUGUUAUUUCAGCUGUUAAUCUCAACGGUAUCUCAGAUAUCAUGAAAGAAAAUUCAGUCGAAUCGUCAAAAAUACGUCGACCUUUUGCAACAGGAAGUAAGCCUGGGCCAGAUGCUGUUGAUCAUUUUCUGGAAAGUCAAGGUUUAUAUCGUAAACAUGUUGCUCGAGAUGCGUCUUCGUUGUUUCGUGUUAUAUCAGAACAUAUAUUUGAUCUUCAAAUUUUCCAUCAAAAAGUUCGACAAGACUGUGCUUCUUUUAUGGAAUCUAAUCCAAAAGAAUACGGAAACGAGGUGGAAAAGAAUUAUUAUAAUUACGUUAAUAAUUUACGUAAAAGUCGAACGUUCGGAAGUCUUCUAGAGCUUCGCGUCAUGGCUCGUAUGUACCAACGCAAUGUUAUUUUGUAUGAACCAACUCCAAACUUACAGACAAUAAAUAACAUUUACGUUCAAAACGAUGCUUACGAUAACCAAGAACCGUUGAGAAUUUUCUAUUCUCACAAAGACAAACAUUUCGAUGUGAUCUAUACAUUGGAUUACGUUGAACGUUUAGCUGAAUGCCAAGCAAUAAUUUAUAACAUUCUAUAUGCUGAUGUCUUUCAACUUCCUGAUGUCAAUUACGCAGUUGAACGGAUGCUACAUGAUCAAGAAGAACAGUUUACUCUUCCUUUAUCUGACGAUCCUUCGAAAUAUAAGACACAAUCAGGUGAAAUUGUUCCAUUUGACUCACCUGAAAAAACAAAUUGUGUUCUGAAGGAUCCCAAAACUUGUCACUUUCACAAUCAAAUCGAUUUUGAUAAAGUAGUUGAUGAAAACAAAGAUGCAAUCACUGUUAUCAACAGAACAAAUGAUCCCAGUCGUCUCAAGAUUUACAAGCCAAUUGAUGGAUUUUUAUAUAACAAAGAUAAAUCUUGUGUUCGUCAACUGCUCGAUGAAGGAAUAACGCCGUUCUCUUACAAAGUCGCAAAAGCUUUAGAUCCAAGCAUUUAUCGUAAUACUGAGUUUGAGCUGUGGAGUGAAAAUCGAAAGGAACAGCGAAUGAAAUGGUUGGAUUCGACUGAUUUUCCUAUGAAACAUCAUUUUGAUAAUCGUUGUGUCAUUUAUGAUUACGAUAAAUGUUAUCGAAAUGGACCAAAGAAAUUUAAUUACGGGAAAAUUGAAUACGAAAAUGAAGUUCUUGAUGAAAGCGGCUACAUGGCUUUGGAUGAUGAAACUAAGAAGAAGUAUAUUGUCUUGGAUCCUUUACCAGAUUCAUACAAGUUUCAUCAUCAUUUCAAUAGUUUGGAUCAUUUCAUGCCAGCGAAAGAUUCCUUGGAUUUAACGAUCAUGCCAGCAAAUGUCAAUUUCCGUGGUAAUUAUAAAUCAAGAAAAGGAAAUUCACGUUAUGGAAAUCAUCAGAAUAAUCAACAUCGUUCUGAUCAAAGAUAUUCUUCUGAUGCUAAUCCACCAAUGUCAUUUGUAGCCGACAUCGAACGUGAUUCGAACUUUCAAAGUCAAGAUAUAAAAGAGGGAACAACACCAGAAGGUUCACUUGCAAAUGAUGAACAGCAAAGUCAACAAAUGUAUUAUCAUCUUCCACCUCAAAAUUGGAACAAUCAAAUGGCUGCACAAUCGCCAUCACCAUAUCAAAUGCAACCAGUGUCACUUCCAACUCCAGUGAACUAUCAAAAUGUCAUGCCUUAUGGAAAUUUCUCUAUUCCACCACCACCACAAUCAACUGCUGCUGUUACUUCUUCAGCAUCUGUUCAAGGAGUUCAUGGAAAUGCUGAAGAUGUUCUUCAUUUAAUUCGUGAACAGGAGUUUGAAUGUUCAACAAUUGAUUGGAAGCAGAAGGAAAGUGUUGAAGCAAAUGGAAGUGAUUUACCAACUGACGUUGCAGUUCUUCAAUUUUUCUAUAACAUUGGCGUUCGUUAUGUUCUCACCUGCGGUGUUCAAAGUCGUUUAGAAGCUGUUGCAUCUCAAUUUGAGAAACUCGAUGCAAAUGAUGACAAUAAUAACAUCAUAAUCAACACCGAAAGCACAACUGCUGCAGAUUCCAAAGCAAAUGAAAAAGGAAAUCUUAAAUUGGAUCCACCACCAGUUCCAACCAACACUCCAGUAUCAUCAAAGACGGUUGGUUCUAAUUAUGGUCCACCAGGAAAUCGUGUUUACAAUAAUCACAAUCAAAAUUCUGGAUAUCGUCGACCAUUUGAUCGUGACGGAUCUCAUCGUCCAUUAAAUCCAAAUCCACACACACGAAAAGAUUUCAAAUUUAAUUCCAAUGCUAAAAAUGUCCAAAAGCAGGAAUCAAAAGCCAUGGGAUCGUCAAAUUAUGGCUCAAAAGCAGGAAAUGGAGGAACAUUCUCAAGACUCAACACAGCAAACUUUGCAACAAAUACAAAUCAAGAGAAAGUAACGCCUUCGAUUCCAGUUUACACUUCAACAAACUCCCCGACGUCAACACAAGAACCGUCGCAUUUACAGAUUCAAACACAGUUGACUGAUUAUAAUCAAGUUUAUCAGCCAAUAACGCCACAACCAUUCCAUCAAUAUCCACCACAUCAGAAUUUUGUUCCACAACCACAUCAACAGCAGCAAGGUGUGACAAUGAUUUAUCAAAUUAGUGAUGAUGGCGGAUACACCAUGCGUCCAGUACAACAACCAAUUCCUUAUGGACAACCCUAUCCAUAUCAAUACCAACAAGCGCCAGUUUUCUAUCCAAUUCAAAACUUCAAUCAACAACCACCUGGAGUUGAUAGUUCUGGAUCGAUUUUAAGCAGUAAUGAUUCUGGGAUUUUGGAUUCAGCUUUGAUGAAUCCGAUUCAAUAUUAUCCGCAAUAUCCUGCACCAGUUCCGGUUUAUUACACUCAAGCUCCAAUGCCGCAAACACCUCAUGUUGCUCAAGCAGCACCAGUUUUCCAACCAUCUGGGCCUCUUCAAGGAUAUAAUUCGCAACCAAUUCAGAUUGCAACGAUCGUUCCAUUACCAGAUCCAAACAUUGCUAAAGUCGAAAGACCAGAAAAUGUUCCUGCUGCAACUCAAGAAGCUAAUCAAAAACAUGAUUAAUUAUAAUCAAAUCGAUGCUCAACAUAUUGAAGUAAUUUUUCCCUAAUUAUCCUGUUAACUUUAAUUCACACAAUAUUUUUUGAAUUAAUAUUUUUUCAACUGUUUAAAUUUGCAUUCAUUUUAUUCCCGUUUAAAAUGCAUUUUUCUUUUUCUCUCAAAACGUGAAAUAAAAAGAUUUAAUUAAAUAUGUAAUUAAUAAUGUUUAAAACUUUUC